ACCACAAAGUUCGCGUUGCGCCGCGCCUCGCCCCCCGCCGCGCCGCGCGGCUCGUCCCGUCCCGUCCCGUCCCUCUUGGAAAUCCUCCCACGCAAUCAACCAAUCGCCUCCCCGCACCCGCGUGUGCGUGCGUGCGUGCGUGACGCCGCCUCGCACUGCCACCGCCCUCCCCACCAGCCACCACCCCGGUGCCCCCCGGGGCGCCGAUCUCGCGUCGCGUCGCCCGGGGCGAGGAGGAGGUGGGUGGGAGUGGGAGGGAUGGGGGCGUGCGUGUCGCGGCCCAGCGCGUGCGUGGGCAAGCCCCACACGCCGCGGUCCGGCGACGCCAGCGGCCGCUCGGGCGGCGCCGGCGGGGCGCGGCGGAGGCGCAGCCGCCGCGUAGGGAAGGGUCGGAGGACGGCGCCAUCGCGCGCCGCGUCCAUGGAGACAAUCCAGGAGGCCGACGUGCCCGGCUCGCCGUCCGCCGCCGAUCACCGGACGUACAGCAACCCCGCGUUCCAAGUGUCCGGGAGCAUUGAGGAGGCAUGGUACGAUUCCUUGGCGAUGAGCGAGUCGGAUGCCGAAGACGAUUUCCACAGCGUGCAAGACGAUGCUUUUUCAUUGAAUGGCUUCGAGAACGAAGCUGCAUUGAGCAUGAGAGACGGCAACGGUGGGAGCUUCAAUGGAGCUGCCCAAUCAGGCGAGCAGCACCAUAAGAAGCCAAAGUCCAGCGAACUGUCAAAGGGGAGCUUGGAGAAUGGUGUGAGGACGUCUAUGAGCCAUGAUGAUGUGGUGGGUGUUUCUGGUGCGGAUAGCACCCACGGUGGAGGUAGGAUACUGGACGACUGCGGGCUUCUGCCAAAUAAUUGUCUGCCCUGCAUUGCCUCUGCUGUUGGGGUAAAUGAGAAGAAGAGAACUCUUUCCUCGAGCCCUACCCAUUCAAUGAAGAUGCCUUCUUUGAAGCUUUCUUUCAAGAAGAAGUCAGGGGAAGCUCAUCCAUCUUCCACGCUAAUAUCUGCGAAGGAUUUCCUGGAAAGGCCUCUAGCAGGUUCUCAAGUACAGUUAUGCUUGCUGGAAACAAAUACACUUAACAGUUGGUCUCAUAUCGAUCCUGGUACAUUCCGAGUCCGUGGAGCAAACUACUUUAGGGAUAAGAAGAAAGAGCUUGCGCCAAAUUAUGCUGCAUAUUAUCCAUUUGGAGUUGAUGUGUACUUAUCACCACAAAAACUCAAUCAUAUAUCUCGAUUUGUCCAACUUCCUGAUGUUCAACUCUCCAGCAAGCUCCCACCUCUUUUGGUCGUCAAUGUACAGGUCCCAUUAUACCCAGCUUCAUUAUUUCAGAAUGAAACUGACGGGGAAGGGAUGAGCUUUGUUUUGUACUUUAGGCUUUCUGAUGGUUACUCAAAAGAGCUUCCACCUUCAUUUAUUGAAAGUAUUAGAAGGUUGGUUGAUGAUCAUGUAGAGAAGAUAAAAUCAUUUCCAAUGGAAACCACUAUACCAUUCCGAGAGCGGCUGAAGAUACUUGGCCGGGUGGCUAAUCUGGAGGAUCUUCCUUUGAGUGCAGCAGAGAGGAAGCUAAUGCAUGCGUAUAAUGAGAAGCCUGUCCUUUCAAGGCCACAACAUGAGUUUUACCUGGGUGAUAACUACUUUGAGAUCGACAUUGACAUGCACAGAUUUAGCUACAUCUCAAGGAAAGGUUUUGAAACAUUUUUGGACAGGCUAAAAGCAUGCGUUCUAGAUGUUGGGCUAACUAUUCAGGGAAAUAAAGCUGAAGAGCUGCCGGAACAGAUCUUAUGUUGUGUUAGGUUGAAUGGGAUAGAUUACAACAAAUAUCAGCCUCUUUUGACUCACGGUGCCUGAAAUCGAUGCUUACAAGAACCAGCUAACCGUCAUUUGGAUGCUGAGAGGUAACCAUACCAGGACCAGACUCCUGGAGAUUUCAGACCAGAGCAGCUGUCAAUUAUCACAGCUUCUGCCAAAAGCCCGAAACUCCAUUGUCCGAGCUUAGUUCAUACAAGUAACAUUAACAGAGGGGCAAGUGACUCAGUGACCACUGGCUGGUCCAGUUCGAUCCAUGGUGCUAAUAUAGGCGAUUCUUUCUGAAAAUGUGGGAAAAAAAAGGCCGAGACUGCAGUCCAUGUAAAUCUGUAAAUCAUUGCUGGAUAGCUCCGGUUGCCUCCCUUGUUGCUACCCAACAUUCUAGAUUUAGUAAAUAUCACUAAUUUUGCCUAUGAUCGAGUAGGUUUAGGCGCACUGAAACUUGUAGAGGUUCCAUUUUAGUUCGUGAAUACAAGCUGUUUGAUUUAUAGAGCAGUGUUGUAGAAUAUGAACUUCAUAGGAUUGUGGCACCUCUAGCCCGUAACCCUGACAGCCAGCCGGCUUGCAUUAAAGAUCCCUUCGGAAUGCUGGAAUUUUACAAGAUUCCACAAGAUGACAGGAACAUGAUGUGGUCUCGGCCCAAAA